GAUUUGGAGGAUGCCACUUGCUCCUAUGAGUCCGACGAGGACCAGAUACGCGAGGCCAUUGCCGGCUUUGAGGAGGACGUGAUCACGGCAAUCACGGUCCUCAAGUCGGCCGGCGCCUACAACACCUCCAUCCGGCGAGCACACACAAAGGGCCAAGAUAUCGCAGGAGCCGGGAAUUCGCACGUAGACAUGCGACUCAGCGCGGCGAUGAUUCCCUGGACUGUCUGCCUGAUUGAGGAGCUCUCUGCGGCGCACAUUUGGGAGGACUGCUCCUUGCCGUCGGAGUUGCUGACCUUCGCCCUGGCCGCCAUCAUCUUUCUCGCAAUGAUUGCAACCAUGGUGGCCUCCAGAUAUUGGAUCUUUCACGGGCCGGACAAAGUAAACUUCCUCAUCCAGGUCUGCAUCUAUGCUGGCAUCUUUGCGGUCUCAGCGCCCUUCGCGAUCGCGGGGUUGCAAGGUUGGGCGCAAGUUCAGCACUUGCCCAUUUUUUACCGUUUCGCGCACACGCCGGCCUCUACGGCCUGCCCUUCCCGCGCUACAUGGUUUGGCUGCGUGCUUCUUCGGCCGUGCAUCGCAGUGAUCGCUGCCAUCCUGUCCUGGGUUUGCCCAGUUUGGCAUCAUCGGAAAGACGCGGAGGUAGAGGCCAACGAGCUGGAACGUGACGCUGAGGAUGUAGACAGCGUCCUUAGCCCAGAUUCUCUCUAG